AUGAACUAUGAUGUAGAGCAGCUGAUACAGUCCUGUGGAGUAUGCAACUCUUUUCGGAAAACAAACACCAAACAACCUCUUAUUCCGCACGAGAUACCUACUACUCCGUGGAUCAAAGUCGGAGCAGACAUUUUUUACUUUAAAGGCAAAGCCUACUUGCUAUUAGUUGAGUAUUACUCGAAAUUCCCAGACAUCAUACCACUUCCUGAUCUGCGAGCCCGAUCUACCAUUGCUGCAUGUAAGACGGUGUUUGCAAGAAAUGGCAUACCCUUAGAACUGUUUUCAGACAAUGGACCGCAGUUCAGCUGUCAGGAGUUUAAGAGUUUUGCAUCAAAAUGGGAAUUCACCCACAAGACGUCAAGCCCCCGUUAUCCACGUUCAAAUGGUCAGUCUGAGCGAUGUAUACAGACAGUGAAACAACUUCUCAAAAAGGCCGAAGAGAGCAAUACCGACCCAAAUAUUGCUUUCUUGAAUACAGAAAUACACCGAUUGAUGGAGUUGGAAAAUCACCAGCACAGCUUCUGA